GCGUUGUGUGUUGAACGCCGCCGAGUCUGACCUCCACAGCCGAGCAGGCUUGGACCUGUCAUCUCACGACUUUUCCGUCCAUGUGUUCGGCGCUGGAGAACUGCGCGACGACAUUGACUUGGCCGACCUCCGCCACCGCUUCACCCAAGCCGCUGAGUUCGCGGCGCAGGGCCGCCGUGACGGAGGGGUUCUAGUCCACUGUGCCAGUGGCAUGUCAAGAUCCAGCGCGGUUUGCAUGGCGCAUUUGAUGAUCUCAGAGGCCUACGAGCUGAAUGCAGCGGCGAGGCUCGUGUGCGCAGCAAGGCCGACGGUUCGCCCAGGCCGUGGGCUCUGGCGUCAGCUUCGUUGGCUCGAGGACCAAAUCAGCUCGGAAUUGAAUCGGGCAGGGCAGACACUCCGCUGCCUCCCGCCACCCUCCUCGACUCAAGAGCUCCGCGCGGCCGAAUCUGUCAAGGAGUUCGACAAGCUCUUGCGUGCGCCUAAAUGA